AUGGCGUCUCGUACCGAGAACAGUAGUAGCAAAAGAACCCAUCUUUCAAAACCUUGUCUCUCCUCCUCCAUUGAUGGAUUUGAAGAUUGUCAGAAUCGUUCUUCAGCUCUUUCUGUUCACUUAAAGGCUCUUUCUACGAGUAUUAAAUUCUGGGGUUGGAGGUUUCCAAACAAAAAGUUCAAGUCUUGGGCUAGAAAAAUGGCAUCUUUGCACGAACCCAUUUGGAGAAAAGCUGGGAUUUUUGAAGCUGUUAUAGCUUCAACAUACAAAAUCCCUAAAGACACAGAUCUUGUUCUGGGUUUAGCUGAGAAAUGGUGUCCAGACACUAAAACCUUCAUUUUCCCUUGGGGUGAAGCAACUAUAACCCUUGAAGACGUUAUGGUGCUUUUGGGUUUCUCUGUUUUGGGUUUGCCUGUUUUUGCCACCGUGGAUAGCUCAGGGAAGGAGAUUAUGGCGAAGCUAGAGAAAGAAUGGAAGAAGAUUAAGAACGAUAAAGUCUGUCUGGUAACCAAAUUAGCAUGGAUGGAGAGAUUCAUGAACAGUGGUGAUGAGCUUGAGCAUGUUGGGUUCCUUGUGUUGUGGCUUAGCUACUUUGCCUUUCCAUCACACUUAUUUCAUAUCUCUGAAGCUAUUUUGCCAGUCGCUGUUCAUCUUUCAAGUGGAACUAAGAUGGCUCUUGCUCCUGCUGUUCUUGCACACUUGUAUGCAGACCUAAGUCUCUUGCAAGGCCACAUUAGAGUUUUCAGUGAAUCGCUUAUUAAGGUACAGCUUGAUCUUAAUGCUUUGUUUAAGCUGGUUCAAGUUUGGGCAUGGGAGAGAUUCAGGGAACUACAACUAAAACCUUUUUCGUUGCUAAGGGGUGAGCCAAGAUUGGCUCGGUGGUGUGACAUGAAACAGAGUACCAGCAAUGCUUGGAGGAUUUUCAACAACUCCAAAAUGGAUAGUUUUGAGUGGCGCCCCUACACUAAAACUGUGAAAAACUGGGAUUUUCCUCGAUUUUAUCCUGAGAGAGCAAUGCGGGUGCCUGUUGGUCCCAACCUUGAUGAUGAAUUUAUCUCCUUUGCUCGAUGCAUCAAGGUGUCUGAGCUUGUUGGUAUUGACAGUGUGGAGCAUUACUUUCCCAAUCGAGUGGCUUCACAGUUUGGGAUGCGUCAAGAUGUUCAUUGUCCUGUUAACCAGAAAAAACUCUCACGUGAUGCAGCUUGGAAUGAUUACGACAAGCCUAUUGAUGGUUUGACAAUAUACAUUCCUUCCCGUUCUGCAAUAUCUUGUGUUACGCCUAUGUGCGAGCCGCAGAGGAAGGGUUUUGUUGAAUCAGAUGAAACAUUGAAAUCAAGAACCAUCAUAGGUGAUGACACUAGUUUUGUAACUUCAGGCUCUAAGAUGAACAGAACAAGCGAGGAUGAAAUGAAGAUAGCUGAGAAUUCAACAAACAAGAGACGAAAGUACAUGAAGCAAGCUCAUAGGGGUACAAUGGGUCUUUGUCAGAAACAGGUUCCAUCAGACAAUGAUGAAGACGAUGAUAGCCUCACCGUUUCUCAAGUAACGAACAGUGGAGGAGAUUGUGAGCCGCUUGGUAAAAAAUGUAGACUUGAGGUGGGUAACAAUGAUUCAAAGCCUUGUCACAAGCCAUUUUCGAUUAGCUAUGAUGGAGAUGAAACUGUACCACCACCAGAAGUAGGGCAAAGGAAUGAAGAAACUGAUGAAACAGCGAGCAAAGCAGGGAAGCGUAUGGUUCUGAGACCACUUUAUGAAACUGACUCAUCAGGUUCUCCUGUUGAUUUUGAUGGAGCAAUUGACAUUGUUGAACCAGCACCAGAGACAAGGCAAUUAUGUGAUGAUGAGCUUGAUGCGUAUGGAAGCUAUGCAGAGAAGUCGACUAAGAUCGAUGCUGGCAGCAAGGAACCAAAGUGUUUGCUCCAUGAAGAUGAUGCCAUAGCUGGAGAAAUGACGAGAUCAGAUAGUAAGUUGUGCAGUGAAACUGAGAAAGAAAAUGAUGAUGGAAGGAUCAACGAUAAGGUGCAAGCAUCAAAGGGAGACAAAGAUGAAACAAGCAAAACAUAUAAGAGUAUGGUUCUCAGCUCAUCUGAUAAGUCAAACAUUCACAUCACUGCAGGUGGCAGAAGUCAGGGACAAAAUUAUUUGCUUCAUGACGAUGGUUUCGGAAGUGAAGAAACUAAGAAAUCCAGUGAGCAGUUAGAGGAUUUAGAAAAGAGAAACCAUGAUUUUGGUGAUGGUGAAGUCGAUAAUGACACCACUGAAAAGAGAUUUCAAGAGCUCAAGGUGCUGGAAUCAUCGAUAGAGGAGCGAAUUCUUAAAGCAGAAAGAACUGUGGCAUGGCUGAAAGAAAAGAGAGCCAUAUAA